AUGGAGUUUCCAAAUGAUUCUGGUAAUCCUGGAUUUUUUCCCUUGUUUUUACAGGUGACCUGUAACUGUUUCACCAUCAGUAAUGGAGAGAUGCAGGAUGUUGGUGUUGGCCUGUAUCCCAGCAUGUCUUUACUGAACCACAGCUGUGACCCAAACUGCGUGAUCAUUUUUGAAGGAUACCAGCUUCUACUUCGCUCUGUCCGAGAGAUCCAGAUUGGUGAAGAGCUCACCAUCAGCUAUAUUGAAUCACUGAUGCCCAGCAGUGAACGCCAAAAGCAUCUGAUGCGCCAGUAUUGCUUUGAAUGUGACUGUCCUCUCUGCCAGAAUCAAGAGAAGGAUGCUGAGAAAUUGGCUGGUGAAGAGCAUGCCUGGAAAGAAGUCAAAGAUGCUGUAAAUGAAGUGAGAUAUCCAAAAUCAAAAGAAGAGUGGGAACAGGUUCUGGCAAGAUGUCAGAAUCUCUUGAGCAGCAAUAUGGGUCGUCUUCCAGACACAAAUAUCUAUCAGCUGAAAAUGCUUGACUGUGCCAUGGAUGCCUGUAUUAACCUUGAAUCCUGGGAAGAAGCUUUGUAUUAUGGCAGCAGGACUCUGGAACCAUACAGACUGUAUUAUCCUGGUUUCCAUCCGCUGAGGGCUGUCCAGCUGAUGCGAGUGGGCAAACUGCAGUACAGUCAAGACAUGUUUCCUCAAGCGCUGGAGACCUUGAAGCAGCUUGGCCUGAAGACAGUACAUGCACCGUGCGAUUCCCCCUCUCGUCUCUCGGCCCACCUCCAGUGGCUGACACAGCCUCCUCGUUGCCUUUGCCAGGUGCUGCAGAAAGCCAACUGGCCCAGAUACUUGCCUGUUGCUGCUGGGCAGGAGCGGGCCCCAGUGCUGGCCCCAGUGUUGGAAAGAAGUGCGGAAGAUGGCU